AUGCCGGCAGCCGACAUUCACAUGCCCGCCAUCCACAAGCCCGCCAUCUACAAGCCCGCCAUCCACAAGCCCGCCAUCCACAAACCCAACAUCCACAAGCCCACCAUCCACAAGCCCGCCAUCUACAAGCCCGACAUCCACAGGCCCGACAUCCACAUGCCCGCCAUCCACAAGCCCGACAUCCACAAGUCUGCCAUCCACAAGCCCGACAUCCACAAACCCAACAUCCACAAUCCCACCAUCCACAAGCCCGCCAUCGACAAGCCCGAUAUCGACAAACUCAACAUUCACAAGCCCGCCAUCCACAAGCCCGACAUCCACAAGCCCGACAUCAACAAGCCCACCAUCCUCAAGCCCGCCAUCCACAAGCCCGCCAUCCACAAGCCCGCCAUCCACAAGCCUGGCAUCAACAAGCCCGCCAUCCACAAGCCCGACAUCCACAAGCCUGCCAUCCACAAGCCCCAUCCACAAGCCCGACAUCCACAAGCUUUCCAUCCACAAGCCCGCCGUACCUCACGCUCAGAGGUCGAACCGACUGCCAUGAAGUAG